AUGGCUGGCUACAACGCAGAAAAUCGCGCACCCCCAUAUCUGGGAGCUGUGCUUCUAUCUCUUUACGAUCGGCGCGUCGGCAGGCUUCACUGUUCUGUGUCCUGUGCCAAGAAUUUCCCCAAGAACCAGGGCAUGGUUCUUAGUCUUCUCGACAGCACGCAGGGAUUGAGCGUUACGAUCUUCUCUCGCAGCAAUGAUUCCUUCAUCCUCUUCCUCUUGCUGGCCUGGUUUCCAUCGCUCUUGUGCCUACUCUUCGCGUUUGUCAUACGAUCUCUCCCACUCGACAUCGGCGAGAACGCUCUUCGUCUUCUUGUCGGUAACUUUGAUCCUGGCUGGAUAUCUCAUGGCGAUUAUCAUCCUCCAGCAUUUCGUGCGCCUAGAAUCUUGGAUCAUCAAGGCCUUCUUUUCAUCAUGCUGCUCAUCCUCUCCUUCCCGGCAAUACAAAUCCCUCAGGUAGAUCAUCAAGAUGGUAAGAACGUGGUCAAUGUAGAUCCUCUGGAUCACGGAGCAAACGCCGCUGCUCCAACUAUCAGCUCGAUCUUCUCCAAAGGACUGCCAGUCAAGCGAGGGGACGAUUUCACAAUCCUCCAGGCGCUCUGUAGCAUCGACAUGCUUCUCAUUUUUGCAGCGUCAACCUGUGGCAUUGGCGCUGUGCUCACGGUGACUAACAAUUUCGGUCAGAUUGGAUCGUCCCUGGGCAACUCCCAGGCCAGAACAAACACUUUCAUCGCGCUGCUCAGCAUCUGGGACUUCAUCGGUGGCGUUGGCCGCGGCUUCAUCUCGGAUACGUGCCUCGCCAGCUAUGGCGUCGCAAGACCCUUCUUCCUGUGCCUGGUUCUCUUGCUUCUCUCGCUUGGGAGCUUGAUAAUCGCUCUUGGGCUUCCCGGCUUCCCGGAGAGCUCUUCUACGGCUCGGUUUUGA